AUGUUCUCCGACGUAAAGGUGAUCGCGUCGAGUCGAGUCGAGUCGAUGCUAGACCUCCCAGGGAGAAUGCAACUGAAACUGAGGCCGACCGAGAACGAGACCGCGAUUAGAAAUAAAGCUGUCUGGAACAGAAACAUCAAUCGCAACAGCAACAUCAAUCGCAACAGCAACAUCAAUCGCAACAGCAACAUCAAUCGCAACAGCAACAGCAACGGGAACAGGAAUUUGGAAUUAUAA